AAUAGGGCACUGUGGCAGUUUCAUAGUUUGAUUAAAUGUGCCAUCCCCAACAGUGCACCUCUUGCAGAAUUUAACAACUAUGGAUGCUACUGUGGACUAGGAGGAAGUGGAACCCCUAAAGACACAUUGGACAGAUGCUGCCAAACCCAUGAUAACUGCUACUCACAAGCUAUGGCCAUGUCAAGCUGUAGUGGUCUUUCGAAUAAUCCAUAUACAAAAAGCUACGAUUACUCGUGCUCAGGAACAUCUAUCACUUGUACAUCUUAUAGUGAUACCUGCGCUCAGUAUAUCUGCAAUUGUGACAGGACAGCUGCCAAUUGCUUCGCCAAAGCUCCAUACAACUCAGCCUACAAGGAUCUGGACAAAAGCAAAAAUUGUUAA